AUGCAAAUCUAUCAAUCAAAUCAACAACAAGAAGAAAUCGAUAGAUUGAAAAAAGAAAGAGAUGAUUUUGAAAGAAGAUUGAUAGAUCUUGAAAGAUAUGUACAGGAAAAACAAAUAGAAGAUAGAAUUAAACAAAACAAUGUAAAUAACAGUUUCAAUAUUGAUCAUAUUUCAUUGAGUAUAUUGGUUCAUCUCGAAGGCUUUGGAGAUAUACAUUCUAGUAAUAGUGAAGGUGGUUUCAUUGGAACAAGAGGUCAAAGUAGACGCCUCGAAGGAUUUGACAUACACCUACUGAACGUUCCAAAUAAUAAUCUGCUUACUAUUGAAUAUAUGGCUCAUCUCGAAGGAAUUGGUGAUAUCUGCUGGCAAAAAGGUGGAUUCAUUGGCACCCGUGGUCAAAGUAGACGUCUUGAAGGAUUCGCAAUCCGUCUGAACGGUCCACUCUCUGAGAAACUUGGAAUCAGAUAUAAAGGACAUCUCCAAGAUAUCGGUGAUACUCCAUUCUACUCUGAUGGUCAAUUCUGUGGAACCAGAGGACAAUCAAGAAGAUGUGAAGGAAUCGAUAUGGUAGAUCCACUAUAUGUAUUAUAA